UUUUCUUGCUGCCGCACAAAACCACCGGCCGUCAGGCGUCUUCGCCGAAAAAAAUGGAAAGCGGACAAUAUCUUGGAGAAAUAUCAGCUCUAUGCUUUCUCCACUUGCCACCUCCAUCUCCCUCACUUCCAUAUCUACUUGCAGGUACCGGUUCACAGCUUCUAUUCUAUGACUUGAGUACAUCAAAUAUGAUCGCUUCCUUUCAAGUGUUCAAUGGAAUCAGAGUCCAUGGCAUUACUACUUGUAUUCCACCAACGAAGAAUAAUGCAUCAUCGUUUACUUUCACAAUAGCCGUUUUCGGUGAACGAAAACUUAAAUUACUUCGAUUCGACAUUAAACAAAAUCUAGUGAAUUUACUCUCAGUUCAGUCCUUGCCUAAUUUUGGUCACUGGAUUUUAGAUGUCUGCUUUCUUCAGGAUUGCGUGAUUCAAGGAAGUCAGUUUCUAGCAAUUGGAUGCACUAAUAACUCUGUGUAUUUCUGGGACAUAGCCACAUCUACAAUCAGCUAUGAGGUUAGCUCUCCAGACAAAUGUCUUCUGUAUACUAUGCGUAUGUGGGGUGAAAAAAUUGAUUCUCUUCAUGUUGCCUGUGGUACCAUUUUUAACGAGAUUAUUGUCUGGAAAGUUGUUCCUGCUCUAGACAGUCCUCUAAAAGACAAUGGAUUGCUAACCCCUGUUUGCAAGCAUCAAUACGAAGCCGUUUCAGUAUGUAGACUUGCAGGUCAUGAAGGUUCAAUAUUCCGAAUCACUUGGUCCUUGGAUGGAUCAAAGCUGGUAUCGGUCUCUGAUGAUCGCAGUGCUCGUAUAUGGGAAGUUUUGACAGGGAAUACUGAUGCCAAAUUUGCUGCGGAGGUGACUGUUUCCCCUUCCAGUGGGCCUGUGCUAUUCGGCCACAGUGCCAGGGUUUGGGAUUGCUGUAUGUCUGAAUCUUUAAUCAUCACUGUUGGUGAGGACUGUACAUGUCGUGUAUGGGGCCUAGAUGGAACUGAACUUGGAGUAAUCAAAGAGCACAUAGGGAGGGGAGUAUGGCGAUGCUUGUAUGACCCAACCUCUUCUCUUCUUAUAACUGCUGGAUUUGAUUCUGCCAUAAAAGUGCAUCAGUUGAAUUCUUUACCCAUGGGUUUGGAAAAAUGCAAUGGUGUGAAAGACUAUGAUAAAAAACAAAUCUUUACAUUCCAGAUUCCAAAUUCAAAGCAAGCUGCACUGAUGGAUAGCAAAAGUGAAUAUGUGCGUUGUAUGCACUUUGCAAGUGAAGAUGCACUUUACGUAUCGACAAACAAUGGUGUCCUCUACUUUGCUAAAAUAAUGCCCGAUACUGGUGAUGCAGUAUGGACUCAGCUUUAUCGUGCCAGUGAGGAUAUUCCAAUAGUUUGUAUGAGCGUAUUUCCAGUUGGCACUCGUGUGGAGAAUUUGAUUGCUCUGGGAGAUGGGAAGGGAAGAUUAUCUGUUGUGAGUGUUGUUGGUAGCCCGACACCAAAAGUCAAUAUUUCUUUAACGUGGCCCGCUGAAGCUGAGAGACAGCUUCUAGAAACAUUUUGGUGCGAGUCCUUGGGUCCUGCGUAUAUCUUUACUGCUGAUCCUAGAGGAAGGUUGAAGCUAUGGAAUAUCCAUUCAAGUUCUGAAUAUGAAAUAGGACAUAAUGCAUGCUUAGUUGCAGAAAUUGCAUCAUCUUUUUCUGCAAGGAUAGUAUGCUUGGAUGCAUCAUUUGCGGAAGAGGUUUUGGUGUGUGGGGAUCUUCGUGGUAAUCUUGUUAUAUAUCCUUUGUUAAGAAACCUAUUGAUUGGUAAGCCUGCUGCUUCAGUUGCACAUAUUUCCCCUUUAACUUACUUCAAAGGAGCUCAUGGCAUAUCUACUGUCAGUAGUAUUUCUAUCCAUGGUUCAAAUUCAAGUAUAAUUGAACUACACUCGACCGGGGGAGAUGGGUGCAUAUGCUAUAUGGAAUAUGAUAAAUGUGAACAGAAAGUGGAGUUUAUUGGAAUGAAACAACUAAAAGAGCUGAGUUUGGUCCAAUCUUUCUCUCCCAAAGACAAUCCUGAUUAUGCAAUAGGUUUCGCGUCAGCUAAUUUUAUACUUUGGAAUUCAUCAACUGAGACUAAGGUAGCUGAAAUUCCAUGUGGUGGAUGGCGGCGUCCUCACACCUACUUUCUUGGUGAUGUACCAGAGAUGAAGUAUUGUUUUGCGUUUGUAAAGGAUGAAGUUAUAUAUGUGCACAAGCACUGGGUAGCAACUAGGGACAGAAUAUACCCCCAGAAUCUCCAUCUGCAAUUCCAUGGCAGAGAGAUGCAUUCACUGUGUUUCAUUGUUGAUCAAACAAAGGCUCAUCUUUUUCAAUCGGGAUACAUAGCAACAGGUUGCGAGGAUGGAACUGUGAGGCUGACAAGGUAUUCUUCAGAUGUUGAUAACUGGUGUGCUUCAAAAUUGCUUGGAGAGCAUGUUGGUGGAUCUGCUGUGCGAUCACUUUGCUCUGUGCAGACGGUACAUACUCUUACAGAUGAUAAGAUGGACAUAAAAAUCCAAGGAAUGGCUAUAGACGACCAUGAGGACCAGUUCCUACUGAUUUCAGUUGGCGCAAAAAGGGUCCUAACCGCCUGGAAGCGCAAGAUUAGUUCAACACCUAAAAGUGAAAUGUCGUUUCAAUGGCUUUCUAGUGAUUUUCCAAUCAGAAACAGUGCCACAAGUUUGAAGGGACCAAAGAAGGAGAAAUCUAUGGGAGAUCUUGAUAAUGGCUCAGUUGUGAGUAUUGGUACUGCAUCUAGUUCACUUACUCUAGAUAAACCGGAAGUUUGCAGCAGUGAUAGUCAUGAAAAUGACUGGCGGUACCUAGCUGUGACUGCUUUUCUUGUGAAGCUUUCUGGUUCAAGGACAUCUGUAUGUUUCAUCGUUGUUGCAUGUUCAGAUGCCACAGUUACAUUAAGGGCUCUAGUAUUACCACAUCGUCUUUGGUUUGACAUUGCACUUUUGGUUCCUUCAACUUCACCAGUUCUAUCGUUGCAACAUGUCAUUGUCCCUGAACUUCAAACUUUAAAUGAUAAUAGUCAGAUGAGAAGUCUGUUUAUGGUUAUUAGUGGGUCUACGGAUGGAAGUAUUUCCUUUUGGGAUGUAACUGAAACCGUUGAAACUUUUAUGAAAAGAGUAUCAUUUCUGCGCAAGGAAGAUUGCAUCAACUUUCAGAGAAGGCCGCGUACUGGAAGAGGAAGCCAAGGUGGACGUCAGUGGCGGUCACUGGACAUGUCAAAGGAAAAACUUACUGACAUAUCUUUAAAUACUAAAGAGAACACUGUGAUUAGUAUCCAAGAUCAAACAUCAUCAAAUUUAGGUUCAUCACAAGAAACAAAUAUGAUACAACCCUUGCAUGUUCUGAAAAAUAUUCACCAAUCCGGGGUGAAUUGUCUCCAUGUUUCGGAUGCUGCUAAAAAUAGUGAAUCUUGUUUCCCUUGCAACGUUACAAGUGGUGGUGAUGAUCAAGCACUGCACUCUUUUUGUUUUCGUGUGAUGAGUUCUGAUAGAUCAACUUCAGAAAUGCACUUAAAUAAUGGAAAUGGAACGUCUAAAGAUUACCAGAUUGUAUUUUCACAUCCUCAUAAGAUUGCAUCUGCUCAUAGUUCUGCUGUGAAAGGUGUAUGGACAGACGGGCAUUGGGUUUUCUCUACUGGGCUUGAUCAACGUGUGCGAUGUUGGCGCGUGUCAGAAGAUGGCAACUUACAUGAGCAUGCACAUUUGAUCGUUAGUGUACCAGAACCAGAAGCACUGGAUGUUAGAGUAUGUGGAAGGAACAGGUAUCAAAUUCUAGUUGCUGGACGAGGGAUGCAGAUGAUAGAGUUUUUGUCUCUUGCGAACGGUUAGCGUUUUGUCAACAUUUUAUCUACAGCCUAGUUUGUUUAGUGAGAUAUUUUCUUUGUAUUUAUGUCGAGAUUGAUUAGAUCACUGGGUCUUCAGUGAUUAUCUUUGUUUGGAAGAGCUUUUGAUUUUGUAUGUUAGUUUGAAUGGAAAGAGUUGUAUCUUAUUGUGUGAUUUA